AUGAGCUAUAUAGCAGGCGCAUCAUCAGGAACUGUAGCAGCUGGAGGCAAUGGUCUAGGAACAGCUAACACACAGCUUAAGUAUCCAGUGGGCGUCUACUUCGAUGCAUCAUCGAACAGCCUCAUUAUUGCGAAUACCGGUGCUAAUAAUAUCGUUCGUUGGGUAUUGGGUGCCAGUAGUUGGACACUUAUUGCCGGUAGCAUGAACGGAACGAAGGGUAGUAAUACAACAUUACUCAACUAUCCAGUAGGUGUGACAAUGGAUUCCAUGGGCAACAUAUACGUAGCCGAUAGAAACAAUCAUCGGAUCCAAUUUUUCUUGGCUGGUCAGUCCACUGGAAUAACAAUUGCUGGUGUAACGAAUUCAAGUGGAGAUAGUGCAAAAUUACUUUAUAAUCCUUAUUCAAUAAUACUUGAUGCUCAACUCAAUUUGUACGUGGCAGAUACAUAUAAUCAUCGAGUACAAAAAUUCAUACAUUGUUAA